CUAUUGAAACAUACAAGUCAAAUUUUUUCUAGUUAAAAAUUCUUUACAUAUUUUCCGAAUAAAAUAAAUUUUUUAAGUGAACAAACGAAAGAGCGGAACAAUGAGUGCGAACGAAUACAAAUUGAAGCCCAGCGUCUACGAGGAACUGACACAUCACAGCAUCAAGCGGCAGCUGGAGAGGAAUGGCACAUUGGCAGCCCUGAGCAGUGGAGUCCAUGUGGAAAUCCUCAAGUUGGUCAAGGGAAAUAUAGGUGCCAGCACAGCUGAGCCUUUGGCGGGAGCUGAGAUAGCUCCUGGAGACAAUUCAAUCAAAGAUCGCGGUUUGUCGCCACUCAUCAAUCAACUGAUGAUGGAGUACCUUGAAUGGUUCGGCUAUAGGCAUACGCUGGAAACUUUAAAGUUAGAGACGGGUCAAAAGGUUGCAUCGCGCGAGGAGAUUGAACAGACACUUGCCCUGUAUUUCCCCCUGAGGGAUGUGCCCAUAUUGGUGCAAUUAAUAUUGCGGCAACAGGGGAAUGAACCGGAGCAAAAGGACUGUCUAAGGAAGACUCUGAAGAUGGCACCAAAGAAGAUUGUGAAGCUGCCACUUCCAGAGAAGACGAUGAAGUUUCCCCUGCCAGAGAAAUCCACGAGGCUCACGGUACCACAGAAAUCCACAAGAAACCAAAAAACCAUAGAAAAAUCUGCGCGUAUGCUCCAAGUACCAGAAAAUUCCAUACCCGAACGUUGUACCAAACUCAAAGAGCGUCUCGAGACGCUACGUACCCUCAAGGAAACAGCCAAAACGGACUGGACAACCCCUGUGCCCAAAUUGGUUCAAAACAAUCGAAAACUUAUCGAUAAAAAGAUCGAAAUUCAUGCGAAAAAAGCCACCGUUGUCAAGUCCCAAAUGAAAGAGAAUCCAAAGGCAUUUUUUCAUUCUCUAACAAAGGAGUCGCCGGAGAGUAGACCGCCGGUGAACAGUUCCGAGUCCGAUGAGCUGCCAAGCUACGAUGAACAUAGCGAUGCCUCAUCCGAUAUACCCGAUAGACACUAUUACGUUGAGCAAGAUCCACCAGAGGUCGAAUACGCGCCCGGACAUGGCGAGGAGGGGCCCUACAAUGCCAAGCAGGUCAAGGCCGAGACCUUCUUUCAGCGGUAUCAGCAGGAGAAACCCAAGGCCAUUAACCAACAGAAAUCGAUGACUGCCAAGCUGCCACCAUCGAAAAAACCAUCGAUAACAUUCACAAAGAAAUUAGCUGUGAAACGAAAAUCCUUUGAAGUUCCCGAGCUCUUUGUCACAACGCCACCGGAGAAUAAUUACCCUUCGAUAGCCCGCGACGGUCUAAAUCUGAAUCUGAGUAAGUUAAUGAGCUCCAAAAAUAGGCUCUCCUCUGCUCAGAGCACGCCCAAGAAGAGUCCGCUCUGGAAUAAGAUUGAGGUCGAGGAGGAUGAACCAAAUCUGCCAGUCAGCAAGCCACCGUGUCCGGAAACACACAUCAGGGGCAUUCAUCUGGGCAGCAGCUCAGAGAGCAACGAAUCUGGUGAUGAGAAGAAUGUGGCCGAUGGCUACAACAGCGAAGACGAGUCUAGCGAUGAUGGUAACCAGUAAUGGAGAUAUUUGGGGCAGAUAUUCAACGAUAGCAAAAUCCUC